GGCAGCGCGUCAUUUCCGUCCUGCGCUGUGUUUGUGUUGUGUUUGUGUUGCCGGUGGCUGAGCUCGACCUCCAGCUCAGUCUUAGUGACAGUUACUCCUGCCCUGAUAUACCCGUCCUGCUCCAGCAGCAUGUUUUAGUGGUCUUGUGAGUUACCUCACCGUGUGGUCUGCUGCAGUGAAGAGGCGGCUCUGUCUGAGAUGUGGGUUUUCGGUUACGGCUCUCUGAUAUGGAAAGUGGACUUUCCGUACGAGGAGAAGCGCGUGGGCUUCAUCAGGGGCUUCAGCCGCAGGUUCUGGCAGGGAAGUACAGAUCACCGAGGGGUUCCCGGCAAGCCUGGACGUGUGGUGACACUAAUAGAAGAUCCUGAGGGAUGUGUUUGGGGUGUUGCGUACAAGCUGCCCUUCGGGCGGGAGAAGGAGGUGAAGGAGUACCUUGACUACAGGGAGAAAGGUGGAUAUGCGGUGAGGAUGGUAACGUUUCAUCCUAAGGAUGCGGAACACGAGCCAAUGCACGAUACAUUACUCUACAUUGGAUCAUGUGACAACCCGAACUACCUCGGUCCAGCACCUCUGGAAAUGAUCGCCCAGCAGAUCCUGAAGUCAGUUGGUCCCAGUGGGAGGAACACAGAGUAUCUGUUUGAGCUGGCUGAGGCUCUUAGACAGCUGGUGCCUGAAGACUCAGACGAUCACCUGUUCUCACUGGAGAGGAUGGUCAAGGAUCUCUUAGUGCAGGCUGCAGAGUGACCCUCAUUCAUCCUGAUUAUCUGCUCAACAGUAUGAGCUACUGGGUGCUCAUUUGAUUCACAUGUUCUUAAAGCACACGGUCAGUUUUUUUUACAGGGAGAGUUGGUAGAUGACGAAGUCACUACACUGUAACUUUUGCACAACGUUAUACCUACGAUUGUCUUGCUCAAAAAUACACCUAUGGCAAUGUCCAACAACUUUACCUCAGUUUAGUCUUGAACAGUAUGCUGUUUGUUCUGUGUAAUACUGUUUUUGUUCUGUAAUACUGCAGAUCAGGAACCAAAUUUAGGAUGAGCGUGUGUACAUGUAUUCUAGUUAUACAGCAAGUAAAUUUGUUGAAACUGUUUUACUCAAGAAGGGAAAUAAAUGUUUCAAACGACAGGUAAUGCACAUAGCUAUGAUUACCUUAUGUUACUCUUAUGAAGAUGUCAUUUUACUGAUAAAGACCGUCCCGUAAUUUGAAAAGCUCAAUCAGAGAGACAUGGUGGUUUUGGGCCUACAGGGGAAAAAUGCUUCUGUAGAAAUUGAUAUGACUUGUAAAAGCUGCAAAUGAACAUGCAAAUGUGCUGAGCUACAUGUGUACUUAUGUUCAGGUCCUCCGUUUGCUUCAUUUUGCUGUCACAAGUUAUUAAAAUACUUUUACAUGAAUAACUAAAACAUAUUAAAAGUAUCUAGAAAACUGUCAA